CCAUAUACGAUCAGGAGGAAAGGGUAUUAUAUACGUGUCAACGGAAUUACCGUACCGAUAAGACCUGCGCUCAUAAGCGAAUAUAAAUCUCUAAUAAUAUUAGGCGAGUUGUUAGGGUACUAGCAUUUCGAUUAGGGGUAAUACGUUUCAAGUUUAUAAAGUGCUGGAUUAAAUGGAAUCCUAUCGCAGAUCAUCGUUACGUCUUGUUGUAUGGAUUUUUCUUUUUACCGGUUUCUCAUCGUCGACAGCUCAGGCGAAAAUCCUUGUGUUAGAAUAUUCUGGUUCCGGCAGUGGAGCAUUUAAUCAUGUUCUGGAUAUAGCGGCAGAACAUUUAGGAACCAGCUACUGGACCCAGCUGAAUCUAACACGGCUAAGGAUUACCACACUCAAUCGCAAUCCCAUGCUGUACUGCGAGGAAUUGGAAACAGAUGCGGUAGCUUGGAUUAGUGAGUUUUACUACAGGCGUAAAGAACCGGACAUUUCCGGGCUGGCGAUAAUCGCACCAGAGAUUUGUUUAUCGACAUCCAAAACCAUAAGCUACAUGGCUAAAGAAUGGAAUAUCCCGGUAUUCAGCCCAUCCAUACAUUUUUCGGUUCGAGAGAACGACAAGAGGAGUGAUUAUUCUACGUUAACACGGAUUGCUCCGUUUGACGAUCGCGAAAUGAUAAAGUUUAUAUACAACGUGUUAACGAAGUUCAACUGUACGACAUGUCCGGUGGCAGUGCUGUGUGAUGAUGAUUAUGACCGCGAAAAUCGUCAGAGACGCUUUACUCUGUCCACGUGUCUUGCGCUGAAAUAUGGCCUAAGCGAUUGGUAUAGAAUCAGUGCGACUUCGUUUAAUGUCAACACCACCAACACGUUGGCAGUUCGACAAACCCUUACAAAAGCCAGCGCGAUCGCAAAAGUCAUUUUCCUGGCGAUCCCUGGCGACCGGGUUCGAGCAGUCAUGCUAGCUGCAUUAGAUCAGGGUUUGACCGGGGCCGAAUAUCUGUACUUCACGGUGCAACCUUGGCACGACACAAACCUUUUCGGCAACGUUACCUGGUUUUCGAAAACCGAACCCGAACGAAAUGCGGAUGCUCAAAACGCAUUCAGUUCGCUUUUCACUAUCUCAACGCGUUCCGAAGACACACCAGAAUUUUGGAAUCUUACCGGCGAAGUCAAGAAAUCUAUAUUAUCCGACAAACAGCACGGCGCUAUUUGGCCAAAACAAGAGGUCGAUCCAUUUGUGAUGUCAUACUAUUACACGCUGGCUAUCUUUGGUCAGGUUCUGAACGAGACGCUAACAAAUGGCGGCAAUCUCAGCGAUGGAGCGGCACUAUGCAAGUUAAUGUGGAACCGUUCGUAUACGAUAUUAGGAAACGAGAUUGUCAUCAACGCCAACGGAGAUCGGACUGUGGACUGGGUCGUCAGUCAAAUGGACUCGGCUGGAAAUUUUAUGCCCGUCAUGGAAUACUCCGCUCGGGACCAACAAUUCCGGUCAAGUCGGGACCCCGUGGGUGGCAGUGUCCGGCAGAUUGUUUGGCCAAAUAAGCGAGCACGUAUGCCUGUAAAAGAGGGACCUUUGAAAUGCGAUUCCGGUGGGACGAAUGAUGGAUGCACAGUUCUGGAUGCUUCUACGGAGCAGCCGGCAAGUCAGCAGCCAGGGACAUCGAUGUUGCUGUAUACUGCACUGAACUCCACCGCGGAAUGGUUGUCCCGUUUAGUUCCAAUACUGCAACAGUUCCGGCAAGCUCUUCGGAUUUGAAACUUUGUGUUUCCAUGACCUGACACAUUUAAUAACGCUUUCGGAGCUGUAACCGUUCAGCUUUAUGUGUAAUUCAGUUUAGAACGAAAUUUUAACAGCAAGACAAUUUUGCCAAAAUGUAUUCUUGAAAAUGCAGUAUUAUCUGUGUAUCACACCGCUUGACACCGAAACAGCAAUGUUUCGGCAAACAUAAGCAUUUAACAUUUAAAACUGCUAACGUAUAUCCAAUAUUACUCAUAAACAUUGUGCCAGAACCUAAAAAGUUUUCAGAAAAAGCGCUGUGCACAUCAAUUUUCUUUAUGUGAGUUAUGCUAUAACAGCUCUGAAUGCACAAUUUGUUACGGAAAGGAUGGUCGGAAUAAUGUUUUUACUUCCUUGUGAUAGCCCUUAAGCAAAAUGAAUAUUCUGCGUAAUUAAAUUAGUCAAAAAGUUGCCUCUAGCCUAGCAAUGGGUAAAUCCAGACAAUCGACUUUAGUGCAGCUUUAUACGAUUAACAAGGAAGCGUAUUUCUUGUUGCCUUUUCGAUGGAACUGCUGUUCUGGUAAAACUUUGGGCCAUGUGCACAUGUACCCCUUGUUAAGCAAAGUCUGUGUAUGUACUUCGGCUUAUAAUUCAAGGCAAUAAUUUUAAAGUACACGAAAUGCUGGAGCACAUGGACUUCUUUCGAAGCGCAUCAUUAUGUCUCGCUAUCUGUUGGGCGCUUUUUGACGAUUUUCCUUCGUCGGCAGCGCAGUCCACGAUCGCCUUGUUAGAAUAUACUGGGCGCGGCGAUAUCAUAUCCAAUCCCGUCGGUUUAAGGGCUGUUUUGGAUGAAGCAGAAGACCACCUACGAACCAAGUAUGGAUUUCAGUUGAAUGUAACACGAAAAACGUUUAACAUAUACCGUAGCAAUCCCACGCUUUGUGACGACCUGGAAACAGAAAUGGCACUUUGGGCCGGUCAGCUUCGCUACAAUGAAACACUGGACAUCGCAGGCAUGGCGAUAAUUGGACCAGAUUGUUUGUGGACGUCAUCUAUGAACUACAUGGCGAAAGAAUGGGAAAUUCCAGUAUUCGUCCCAUCGAUGCAUUUUGCGAAUCGAGGAAACAAUAAUAGGAGUGACUAUUCCACGCUAACGCGGGUUGCUCCGU